CGCUCUUGAACCCGGGGCCGCCCCCGCCUAUAACGCGCCCUCCCCCCCCGCUCCUCCUCUUCUUCUCCCCUCCUUUCUCCCUCGCCCGCAGUAGGGCUGACCUCGGCCAUGUUCAGCUGGGUGAGCCGCGACGCGCGGCGCCGCAAGGAGCCCGAGCUGUUCCGCACCGUGUCCGAGGGGCUGAAGCAGCUGUACGCCGGCAAGCUGCUGCCGCUGGAGGAGCACUACCGCUUCCACGACUUCCACUCGCCGGCGCUGGAGCCCGCCGACUGGGAGAGCAAGCCCAUGGUGCUGCUGGUGGGCCAGUACAGCACCGGCAAGACCACCUUCAUCCGGCACCUGCUGGAGCAGGACUUCCCCGGCAUGCGCAUCGGGCCCGAGCCCACCACCGACUCCUUCAUCGCCGUCAUGGGCGGCGAGACCGAGGGCGUCAUCCCGGGCAACGCGCUGGUCGUGGACCCGCGGCGCCCCUUCCGCAAGCUCAACGCCUUCGGCAACGCCUUCCUCAACAGAUUCAUGUGUGCCCAGUUACCCAAUCCUGUUCUAGACAGCAUCAGCAUAAUUGACACCCCGGGGAUCCUAUCUGGAGAGAAGCAACGGAUAAGCAGAGGCUACGACUUCGCCGCCGUCCUGGAGUGGUUCGCGGAGCGGGUCGACCGCAUCAUCCUGCUCUUCGACGCCCACAAGCUGGACAUCUCGGACGAGUUCUCGGAGGUGAUCAAGGCCCUGAAGAACCACGAGGACAAGAUCCGAGUGGUGCUGAACAAGGCGGACCAGAUCGAGACGCAGCAGCUGAUGCGGGUCUACGGCGCCCUCAUGUGGUCCCUGGGCAAAAUCAUCAACACGCCCGAGGUGGUGCGGGUCUACAUCGGCUCCUUCUGGUCCCAUCCGCUCCUCAUCCCGGACAACCGGAAGCUCUUUGAGGCGGAAGAGCAGGACCUGUUCAAAGACAUCCAAUCCCUGCCCCGCAACGCCGCUUUGCGGAAGCUCAACGACCUCAUCAAGAGGGCCAGGCUAGCUAAGGUCCACGCCUACAUCAUCAGCUCUCUGAAGAAAGAGAUGCCCAACGUCUUUGGGAAGGAGAGCAAGAAGAAGGAGCUGGUGAGCAACCUGGGCGAGAUCUACCUCAAGAUUGAGCGGGAGCACCAGAUCUCGCCGGGGGAUUUCCCCAACCUCCGUAAGAUGCAGGAGCAGCUCCUGGCUCAAGACUUCAGCAAGUUCCAGCCCCUGAAGCCGAAGCUGCUGGACGCGGUGGACGACAUGCUGGCCCACGACAUCGCCCGGCUGAUGGUGAUGGUGCGGCAGGAGGAGUCCCAGAUGCCGACCCAGGUGGUGAAGGGCGGCGCCUUCGAGGGCACCAUGAACGGCCCCUUCGGCCACGGCUACGGCGAGGGGGCGGGCGAGGGCAUCGACGACCUGGAGUGGGUGGUGGGCAAGGACAAGCCCACCUACGACGAGAUCUUCUACACCCUCUCGCCCGUCAACGGCAAGAUCACAGGCGCCAGCGCUAAGAAGGAAAUGGUCAAGUCCAAGCUGCCCAACACGGUGCUGGGCAAGAUCUGGAAGCUGGCCGACGUGGACCGGGACGGGCUGCUGGACGACGAGGAGUUCGCCCUCGCCAACCAUCUCAUCAAGGUCAAGCUGGAGGGGCACGAGCUGCCCGCGGAACUGCCCGCCCACCUGGUGCCGCCCUCCAAGCGCCGGCACGACUGACCCUCCCGCCCCGGGGCGUGGCUGCGCCUCUGGACUCUUGCCGGCCGGGCAGCGGACCCCGGACUUCCGCGCUCCGCGAGAGCCGAAACGCAACGGAAACGCCCCCUCGAACGAACGGAGCUCGUGCACAAUGAGAUGUUGUUGUUAUAGAUAUAUUUUUUGGAGAAAUGUUUAAUACACUCAAGCUGCGUUUUUAAGGCAA